ACACCAGGCACAGACACGUUCAGCCACACAGCACCCGCAGAACAGUCCACCACAGCACAACAGCAGCAGACCCCACAGACACAGCACCACCCACCACACCCAGCCAGCCCAGCACCACAGCAGACACAGCCCACCAGACCACACCAGGGGGGGGGCACAGCAAACCACAGCCAGCACACACACAUCACCACAGCCAGCACCACACAGCAGCCACCCACACAGACAGCCAACACCAGCAGCAGGCAUCAACAGCAACAGACAGUCAGCAGCACAGCCAGACCAGCAGCCACACACAGCAGACACCAUGCUACACAGCAGCACACCACAGACACACACAUCACACACCAGCAAACACCCAGACACCACACCACCACCAACACUUGCCAGCAGACACCACACACCAAAGACAACACAGCAGCCACACAGCAGCGACACACACAGACAUCACACCCCACACAGAACACAGUCCAGCAGGCAGCAGACAACAGCACAGCACCACCACACACACAGCACCAGCCCCCAGCAGCACAGCACCAGACACCACCAGACACACAACAGCAGCACCACACCACACUCACAGCAGCCAUCACCCAGCCCAGCAUCACCAAACAGCCCACCCACACAGAACAACCACAGACACCCCACACACCAGACACAGCACAGGCAGACAUCACACCACCAGACACAGCACAGACACAGCAGCCAGACCACACACCUCCAGCCCCCCCCACCCCACACCACACCGACCACACAGACAGAACCAGCCACCACACACACCACACACACACCCAGAAGCACCCAGCAGACCAGACACAGACACAGCACACCAGACAGACAGCUAACACACCCCAGCACCACCAAGAGACCACACACAGGACACACCAGCAGCAGCCAACAGCACACACCACAGGCCCCAGACCAGACACACACAUCACACACCCAGCCCAAGCACACCGACACACACAACAGCAGCAGCAGACCCACCAGCCCAGCAGCAGCGCCACCCCAAGGCAGACAAGACCAGGCACCCCCCAGAAGAACAGCAGUCACCACACUCAGAAGACAGGCAGACACCAGCCAAAGACAACACACACCAGACCCCCCCAGCCCCCCAAGCACCCACAAAACACAGCCACCCCACCCACCAGCAGAAUACAGUCCAGCCACACAGCCCAGGCACCCACACCACACAUCCACCACCACAGCACCCACAACACCGCACCACACACAGACAGCAGAAGCAGCAGAAAGCACCACCACCUCACACCACCACCACCACAGCAACCAAUCCAUCCCACACCAACAACCACAACACUACACCACACGCACCACCCGCAGCCCCCACAAGACACACACCAAGCACACCAAGACCAACAACCACACAACCACCCACACACAGCAACCCCCCAGCAAGACAACAGAAACACCACACACACACCACAACAAGACAGCAAGAAAGCCAGACUACACACAGAGACAACGAAUCCAAACCAAGACAGAACAGCACACAGGAACCAGACAGUCAGACAGUACCAAGCCACAGACCCAGCUCCCAACACCCCACAGACACACCCCCCCCAGCCCAAACCAGGACCACCAAACCCAACCCAACACGCACAUACCCACACACACAGCCCACAACACACCCACAACACUCCCACCACCAGCCACAGCCCACCCCACAGCCACACCACCAAAGACAGCACCAAGAACCAACCAUACCACCCCCCAGCACAACCACCCCAACCAACCCCCACAGCCACCCCAGCCAACCCCUCACAUCCCCAGCACAGCACCCACAUCACACCCAGCACCAAGACACACCACCCUCCCCACCCAGCCAGACCACAGACCCAGACACAAAACACACCCACAGAACCUCCCCAUUACACCAGACCCACCCAACCACAACCGAAACCAGGCAACCACCAGAGACCACACCACGCCCAAGCAGAGUACCCCCCACACCAGCAGCCAACACAGCACAGUCAACAGACACAAACCCGCACCACAAGACCCCAGCACGCCCCCCCAGAAGCCCCCACCACCCACCACACCACACACCAGCCACCCACAACUAGCCCCACCAAGCCACAACCAAACCCACCACCCACAAGACCCACCAGAAGCACACCCAACCCACCAACCCAAUCACCCAACACCCCACAGCAGCACACCAACAGCACACACACACAGAAGCGGCCCCAAAGACAAGAGAACCCACAGAGACCUACCACAAGCAAACCACAGCCCAGACCACCACCCACCAGACACCAAGACACUAGAAGCCCACCUCCAGAAUGCCAACCAAACACCCAGACACAACCCCAGAGCCAAGACACAAACAACACAACCACAGCAACCCACACCCAGCCCCCAGCCACCACCCAACACCCACAAGCAACGUACCCACAAGUCCAGACACCCCAGACACACCCAGCAGAAGACCACCACCUUUCUGCUGCCACAAAACACCAAACAGCAACACCCCAUCCACAGCACAACCCAAACAACACCACCACACAACCCCAGACAGUUCCCCCCAGACAGCAGAAGAAGCCCCACAAACAUACCACCCACCAGACAACAACCAGAGACAGACACAGAACACAAAGACCCUAUACCCACCACAAAAACACAACCCCACCCCACCAUCAACACAAACCACACUACAAACCAGAAGCGCACCCCCACAGACCCAAAGAUCCAGACCACACCAGCCAGACCAAUGCACAGACACACAGACCACAGACCACAGACCCAGAACACCAUCCCCAUAGGACACCACAAACCCCACAGAAGCACCACAGACCACCCAGCCAACAGAAGCGAGAACAAGACCCCACCCAGCACCCCCACCAGACACACACCCAGCAGCCAGACCACACAGAAGAAGAACCCACCAGACCACACACACACACAACAGCCGCCCAGAAAGAAGAAACCAGAAACAAACAGAGCCCAACCAGAAGACAACACCGAAAGAGCAGACAUAAGCCAGCAGACAAACCCCACCCAAGACAGAACAGACACCAGCUACCAAACAAGAAGCCACAGCCAGACCACCAGACCACACACCCCCACAACCCAGACCACAGACAGCGCAGACACACCCCACAGACACGCACCAGAAACAGACAGCAACCCCCAGACACACACCCCAGAACAAGCCCCACAACAGACACAAGACAGACAAGACGAGCAGAAGCCAAGAGACACCCACACACCAGCAGACAGCCCCACACCCAAGCCACACCAGCCACCAGACACAAACCACCAGACACAGAAAGACAAAAGACCACCCCAUCCACAGAACCACCCCCCCAGACACAGACCCACAACCAGCAGACAGACAGAACAGAAGACCAAAUCAGACCAGACCCCCAGAACACAAGAAGCAACCAACAGCACCAGCCAAGCCAAAGUCAGACACACAGACCCCACAGACCCAGACCAACACAGACCCACAACCACCCACCGAAGAACCAGACCCAGACAGAGAAAAACGAAGCCACGCAGCCAGACCCCCCCAGACCACCCCACCAGCAACAGACCACAGACCCACACCACCAGCACACCAGCAGCAGGAAGACAGACCACCACACACAGCCACAGCACAUCCAAACAAGCAAGACCCACAGCAGCAACCAGAUACAGAACACUCCAGACAAGCACCCACAACCCAACCCACAGAAGCGGCCCCCCGCGACAGACAGCAGAGCAGCGCGGCGGUCCAGACGGCUGGCAGUCAGUCGCAGGCAGGAUCAGUUGUUGCUGCGGACGGCGGUGACCCACAAGCGGCGGCCAGAGGCCGAAGGCUGA